GUCGGAAAUAUUAAGUCUAUUUUAAAGGAAAGAUGUUUUAUUAAACCAGUGGAACCAGAAUGGCGGACGGUAUAUUUUGUGCUGGGUGUAAAAGUGAUGGAAAUAAGAUGAGUGCAGGAUCUAGGUGCAAUGAUUGUGGGGAACCUGUCUGCAAUGCUUAUGCCAAAUUCCACAAAAAAUUGUCCCCUCCUCACAAGAUUGUACCAAUCCAGAGGGUACAAAACCUGAGUUCCACACUAAUUGAACCUUCCAGAAAAUGUGAAUACCAUCCAGACCAAAAUACUGUUUUAUUUUGCUGUCAACAUGAUCGUGUACUUUGUAACUUUUGUAUGUCAGAAUCACAUCAAAGCUGUAAACCUAUAAUUUCGAUCGAAAAGGUUGCAAAAGGCGUAAAAAGUGGGGAUGCUAUAUUAGACAUAGAUCAACAAGGUCAGGCUAGACAUCAAAGUGACCAGAAACGGUUAUGCCUUUUAACUUCAUUCAAGACAUCAGAAAUUGACGGUGGUGUUAACAUUCACUGCGGAUGUUUUAUUCCCGGAAAUAGAUUACUUUUAGCCAACAGCUAUUACGACAAUAUAUAUGUUUGUGACCUUGAGGGAUCAAAUGUUAGGUCAAUAGAGCUACAAUAUAAUCCGUGUGCAGUUGCUCUAUAUGACAACAACAAAGCUCUUGUUAGCUCCUAUAGAAGAUUUUUCCAAAUAGUUGAUCUUGAUACUUUAGAACCGAGUAGUAAUAUUGGAGUUGGACUAGAAUGUACAGUAAUUACAUGUAUAAAUGGAAACAUUUGUGUUCGUGAUAGUAAUAGUAGCUUAUCUUUGGUAGAUAUUGAUGGUGUAGAACAGAGAAAGAUCUCAACAACCUCUGAUCCGUCGUAUAUUUCUAUGAACAAAGCCAAUGAAAUAUACUAUAUAGCUGACAAUGAUGACAAAGUAUAUGUUACGACAUCUGACUGGAAAGAACGAGUUUUUUACGACAGCCCGGAACUUAACGGUCUUAUGGGUAUUGCAGUUGAUGAUAACAAUGACGUUUACGUAUCAUCUGUCGACUCAAAUGCUAUUUACAGAAUAUAUCGGGAUGGACAGAAACAUGACAUUAUUCUGAACGAAGAAGAUGGCAUUAAAGGGCCAAUGGGACUUUCUUAUAACGAUUUAACAAAAGAACUCAUGGUUAUCAAUGAGGAGGGGUUGUCCAUUAUGAUUUAUAAAAUGCAAUAGUCUCAUUGUAUUAGCCUAUGCUCUGCUCAAAUUUUAAACAUUUCUGAUGGAAGAGAUGGAUAUGGUGUAUCAUUCAUAACACAAAAUAGUCUUUCUUCAACA